GAAUGUUGUAUUUUUCUUCUGCACAUUCAACAAUUCAUACAAAGAGAGUGGAAAGAGAGACAGAUGGGUUUAGAGAGUGAGUUAACUUCAUCAAUUUGGGAAGAAAUUGAGAGUUCUGAGAGCUACCUUGUCUGCUGUAUGCACGAGAAAGCAGCUUAUUUGGCUUCGUCUUUGUUGAAGCAAAUAAGAAAUCGUGACAGCAUCGAAUUUGAAUUCGAUGCUGAUGUUCGAGAGAUGGAAGAAUCAGCUGCUAUGGUGCUGGUUCAGUCCUUGAACCAACUUGGCAGGGCAUCUGAAAUUAUAAGUGAGCUCAAAAGAUUGUUCGUUUCUGUUGAAGAUAUCCCUGUUCAAGUUCUUGUCACCGGGGCAUGUUUUCAGACUGUGGAAGGUUCAUCUGUCGAAGUCAGGGAAUUUCUAGAAGAUUUCCUUAGCAAGUGGAGCUAUGGGGGUGGAGAAUACUAUUUUCUUGUUGGUGUAGUAGCAAAUAUCAGUUCCAGAAAUAAGUGUGAUGGGCAAUUUGUUUUGGCAGUUGAUAGUUAUUUGGAAGUUGUUGAGAUCUAUGCUAUGACACUUCUUGGGACUGUUUUGAAAAAUAUAGACCUUGCAAUUUCCUGGGUUGAGAAAGCUUCACUACCAGAGGAUAGACGUCAGGAACUCCUGAGAAGGUUAGACUCUAUGUGUUCUGUGAGAACCAGCAGUGCAUCACAAGCUUCUCCUUCGCCGUCGCCAGCAGAUAUUUGUGACAUUCGCUCUCCUAAGGAAGCAAAUUCAUCAAAUGGAUCACCUAAAGCCUUGAAAUCCAAUUUUCUUGCUAAUGGAGAGAAUCGCAAGAAACAAACAAUUUUGACAUUGUCCAAACGAGUGGAACCAUGUUUCUGGUUGUUUCGUAAUAUCACCUUGAAGUUUGGCAAUGUCCGGUUGGUUGUCUCAAAUUGCAAGAUUAUGAUUGGCUGUUUGACCUUUCUUGUGUUUUACAUUUUCUGGAGAAAACAAGAUACUUUAAAGAGGAUUGUAACAAUGCAAGCUUCGUCCUUGAAGAAGGCUUUGGUGGACUUUUGGCAUCUGGCAUUUUCAUACCAAGUGAAUCCUUUAGCUGCAGUUCAACCUCUUCCUCCUGCAAUAAGUGGAAACCACUGAUGAAGUAUUUAUCAGAACGUAGUUUUCUUCUAUAUUUUCUUGAGGUAGAUGGUGCACUGACAGGCCUUAUUGACAACCUUCAUUUGAUGAUCGGUUCCAUUUAUUUUUCAUGCAUUAUUUUUACCUUUGUUAAGUCAUGAUGCUUAAAGUUUAAUCAGCCCCAAAAUGUUUGGGAUAAGGCUCUGAAGACGUUGAUGAUUUUUAAGAUGUGCAUUCUGUGUUCAAUUGUCUGUAUGAAAAAGUCAAAGUCUCAGUGGUUAUUUGAGACCCUAAUCUCCUUUAGUAGUUUCAAAAUUUUCCUCCUGUGGUUAGAUUACCCACACCAUUGGAAUACAAUUUGUUACUUGAAA